AUGAGUGUGGUUGGGUUUGACAUCGGGAAUGAAAACUGUGCUGUAGCAGUUGCAAAGCGUGGUGGGAUUGAUGUGUUGUUGAAUGAUGAAUCUAAACGUGAGACGCCUGCUGUGGUCUCAUUUGGUGAGAAGCAAAGGUUUUUGGGUUCUGCAGGGGCUGCAUUUGCUACUAAGUUUCCAAAAUCAACCAUUUCUCAGAUCAAGAGAUUGAUUGGAAAGCUAUAUAAUGAACCGAAUGUGCAAGCAGAUCUUAAGUUGCUACCUUUCCAGACCAGUGAAGGACCUCGUGGUGGUGUUUUGAUCCAUUUAGAGUACAUGAAAAAGACAUGGACUUUUAAGCCAGUGGAAAUUUUGGGGAUGUUGUUUGCACAUUUGAAGCAAUUGACAGAGAAGAAUCUUGAGUCACCUGUUGAAGACUGUGUGAUUGGGAUUCCAUCAUAUUUUACAGACUUGCAAAGGCGUGAGUAUAUUAAUGCUGCUCUUAUUGCCGGUUUAAGACCUUUGAAGUUAAUGCAUGAUUGUACUGCAAUUGCAUUAGGGUAUGGAAUGUACAAGACUGAUUUUUCUGAUGAAAAAACAACUAAUGUUAUAUUCGUAGACAUUGGGCAUUCUGACACUCAGGUAACGGUUGUUGCUUUUGAAGAAGGGAAAAUGACAAUAUUGUCCCAUUCGUUUGAUCCGAACCUGGGAGGUAGAGAUUUUGAUGAAGUGUUAUUUAGACAUUUUGCAACACAAUUCAAAGAACAACACGAUAUAGAUGUUUACUCAAAUGCUCGUGCUUCUAUGAGGCUUAGGGCGUCGUGUGAGAAGUUAAAGAAAAUUCUAAGUGCCAAUGCGGAAGCACCACUUAGUAUUGAUUUUCUAGUUGAUGAUAAAGAUGUGAAUGGAUUGAUAAAGAGGGAAGAGUUUGAGAACUUGUCAGUGGAGUUGCUAGAAAGAGUUAUGGAUGCUUGUUGUAAGGCCAUAAAGGACUCUGGUCUAGGUGCAGAUAAGAUAGAUACCAUUGAGCUUGUUGGUUCUGGGUCCCGCAUACCUUCUAUUACGAGAAAGAUAGCUUCAAUUUUUGAUAAAGAACCAAUGAGAACACUAAAUGGAAGUGAAUGUGUUGCUAGAGGAUGCGCUCUUGCUUGUGCAAUGCUUAGCCCAACUUGCCAAGUCAAAGAUUAUAAGGUUCAGGAUUCAUUUCCUUACUCAACAGGAGUUUGUUUUGAUGAUGGUAAAAGACGCCAUGAAUUUACAUUAUUUCCAAAAGGCAGUCCAUUUCCAAGUAAUAAAACAGUCACAUACCAAGGAAAUACUACAUCUCAUUGUCAUGUUUUCUAUCUCAACAAGACGGAUUUCCCUGCUGGAAUAUCACGUGAAGCUGGUUAUUUCAUGAUCGGUCCAUCUCAAGCUUCUGGUGCAGAAAAAGUGUUGGUCAAAGUUAAAGUGCAUCUUAACAUCCAUGGGAUUGUUGAAAUAGAAUCUGCAUCAUUUCAGUUUAUAGAACAUAAACACCCUUCAAGUAAAAAGUCUAUUCGGUACUCAUGGCAAUGGGGGAUAAAGGCCAGCCGUUUUUUGCCAAUUAAUGCUGCUUAUCGUAGAUUUUCUAGUUCUCGAUCGUCUACUGAACGUUAUGCUGAGGAAGCAAGAUGGGGUCGUGCCAGGAACCUUGAAGUUUCUGGAAAUUAUUGUGUCUGGACUACUCUAGAUGAGAUACGUGUAGCUCAAAAGAGAGCACAAAUGUUUGCAGAGCAUGCCAUAAAGGUGGAGAAAACUAAAGAAAAAAGAAACACCCUCGAGUCUUUUAUCUAUGACACUCGUAGCAAGCUUCUGAGUUCUUACCGGAGCGUGACUACAGAUUCAGAGGUGGAGAUUAUCUUUGAAACUCUGCAAAAAACUGAAGACUGGCUAUAUGAAGAGGGAGAUGAUGAAUCUGAAACAGUCUAUAUUAGAAGACUUAAAGAUCUCACAAAGUUAUUGGAUCCAAUUGAAAUUAGAUACAAGGAUGAGAUUGCUAGAAAAGAAGCAACAAAAGCUCUGCGAACAUGUAUUCAAGAAAAUCAUUUGGCUGCAAAUUCACUGCCUCCUAGUCACAAAAAAAAGGUUAACGAUGAAUGUAUUGAAGCUGAGGGGUGGUUGGAUCAUCUUUCUCGACUGCAGGAUUCAUUGGCCAAAAGUGCCACUCGUUUAUACUUUUUGAGUGCCAUUAGUGAAAUCACACAAGCUUUGAAGAGGAGGUGUGAAGCCAUAUUUAGUUCCAAACUUUCACUGUUCAAGUAUGAUCAAGAGCCUGUGGACUUAGAUCAAAAGCAGAAUCCCAGUGAGAUGCAAGUCGAAAAUUGA